AACAUGGCGGAGGGGAAGGCGCGGUCACGUUCAGUGUCACAGAGGCCGGACAACAGCAUGGAGUGUAGGAGGUGUAAAAGUCGCCACACCGCCCACCGUCACUCCCUGGACACUGACGAGGGCGUAGUGCCAGGACGUGGGCGUGUUAAGGCCAGGGUUAUCCGUGAGGGCGUGGCCAGGUGGACCUUCCCCUCCCGUACGCCUCCACGCCCUCCUCCCUACACCCGCGGCUGGCAGCGUGCACACCCCUGGUCCUUACAGCUACACCAUGUGGGAGAUUAUAGUGUGCCGGAUAUGGAGGGCGUGGUCUCGGAGGAGUUACGUCACAGGAUAGAACGGGUUCUCUCGUUUCCUAUUGGUGGAGACCAAGGGGAGGAGUCGACCACGGAGACAACGCCAACCAAUGGACAAGAAGAGGACAGGACUCCGGCCGGAGGUCUCCUACAGGACUUCCUGGACCAGCUGGAGCCUGAGGGUGAAGACGACGACGAACUGCUCUUCCAGGGGUCAGAGAGCGAGGAGAGUGAGGGCGACCUCCUGUACGACCCUGAGAAGGAGACCUACACCACGCCCUACCUCCUCUUCCUCCAACACAAAGGCACCCGCAGGAGGGACCAUCAGGCCCUCCAGGCAGGCAUCCUCGAGGACGACUCUCCCAAAGACGAGGAGGAGGAGGAUGAGGGGGGGAAGACGACUGAGGACGGGCGAGAGGGGGCGAUGGGACGCUCAGGCUACCGGUCCAGCGUCCCUACUACCUCCAGGACUCUCACCAACAGCAAAGAACCUCCAACAUCAGCGUCCAACAGUAAGGAACCUCCAACCUCUACUUCUAGCAGUAAGGAACCUCCAACGCCAAUAUCCGACGACGACUUUGACCUCCAGGAUCAACCUGAGGACCCGAAUGUCCACACCAGAAGAGUCUCCAGAGACCAAAAUGACGAAGGCGAGAAAAGUUACAUACACGUAGAAGACCGUAAAGAUACCAGCGAGCAGCAAGUUGGUUUCUCUGAGGAGGUGGAGGGGGAGGUCAUGCCCGACACCGAGGAGAGUGGUCUUGUGACUCAACGAAGCCAGAAGAAGAAAAAGAAAAAGAAGAAGAAGAAAGGAUCUCACGGGGAGCCAGCCGUAGAAGAAACGGAGGAAGAAAUCCACAGGAACAAACUGGAGGAGCUGAAGACAUCCAUCGGGCUUCAGCUCUUUCGAGAUUUUAUUAAGAAUGUUUACGCCAAGGACCAUCCAGAGUUCCGACUCUUCGAGAGUUUCGAGGAGUUGGACAAGUCUCAAGAUUCAGAUGUGUUAAAACCGGCGGUCGAUUCCUGAAACUUACUGAACAUAGGAGUGACGGCCCCCGACUUAUGGCUAUAUUGGAUAUUCAGAAUUGUGAUUUAUUGUUAUAGAUAUUAUUGAAUUAUAGGUAGAAUGGUCUUACAGAGAAUUUAAUUAUGUAGAAUUGCUUAAUGAUUAUACUGUAGUUAUGUAAGGAAUGAAGCGCGUUAUUACAGAUCACUGAGCCCUGGUUAUGUUACUGUAUAUAUUUUAGGGGCGGACUUAUUUAAAGAUGUUUGUUGCCAUUUACUUUUCAGACUCGUUAUAGAAAACAUGAUUGUGAUGUAACCUGUCAUCCUGUGUUUAGUUUCCAGACGAGAAAUACAACACUCAGCUGAUUUAUAAAUGGCAGCUGUGAGACUUAAUCAUUUAUGAAAGAUGACAUGACCCAAACUAAACUUAACCUAACUAACCUAACAUAACUUGACCCAACAAACCUAAUUAACUUAACUCAACCAAACUAACUAACUUAACGUAACCAAACUAACUUAACGCAACCAAACUAACUUAACGCAACCAAACAAACUAAAAAAUAUCUGUAAUUCGUCAGGUUAGAUCAGUUUAGUUCGUGGUACAAUAUAUAAAUUAUCUUCCACAGAUAAUAUUGAUAUAUUUUUACCGUGAGUCCUAAUACAGUAAGUUUAUAUUCUUGUUCUGUAACGUCCACCACCUGUUUCUGCUGUAACAAAAAAUUAUGUAAAAAAAUAGUAAAAUUCUCCUAAUAAGUUUACGCCCAAGAAGUAAAAAUUCUUAUGCUCAUUUACUACACACACACACACACACACACACCCCGAGGCUCCACUGUGUUGAACAUCCGUGACCUUCAUUUUGGUUCAAUUGUCACUUAGAAUUUAAUUACUUUGUUCUGUAGAGUGAUCUUAAAAUUGUGUUAAUUUUUAUUGAAUUUUAUCCACUAUUAUAUAUUUGUUUUCCUAAUUCUUUGCGAAGUGUUUUCCGUCACUACUUGGUGCAACAAUGCCUUCUAUUCAUUAUUAUCAACAAUAAAUGUUCUCUCCAUAAUCUGUAAUCCAAACGUUUCUUCCACAAUUCAUCAAAGAUCGUUUUUGUUUUGUUUUUCUAGUAAACGUUUGUCCCCUUCAGUGUUCCAUUUGUGUGUGAUAGGUUUUACAGUUCUUCGUCAGUAAACAUUUUGGCCUCACUGUGAAUUACCAUAGUGUAGGUGUGACUUGCCCAGUGGAGUAGUUUAUUGUUAUUGGAGUCAGAGGAGACGCUGUGGGCAAACACACCGUACAAUAGCCUCCUCUCUCCUUACCUUCACGGCUGUCAGGGGCGUGAGUGAACCUUCCAUUAACUGUUACGUUCCGAAACUUACUGAAAUUAUUUGUUUUACAUCGUUGAACUGAGUAGCAGCAAAAACCCGGAGAAGCUUAUUUAAGCCUUUAGUUCGCAUUAAGACGUUUUUGUAUCGAUUAGUAAAAUUUCACUUGUAUUGAACGUCUGUCAGCUAGAAUUCUUAAGUCAUAGGUUGAACACCAAAGAAAAGUUUGACUAAUGAAAGAAAACGUGAGUAAUGGCUGUUAUGACGGGGAAGAAGGCAGGCGAGGGUCAGGCCUGUGUUUAUAUUUACCAACAACAGCUGCUACACCACACUUACGAGAGUCGGGGGCCAACACAUCACCUGGGGGCCAACACAUCACCUGGGGGCCAACACAUCACCUAGGGGCCAACACAUCACCUGAACCGGAAUUUUUCAAGAUUUGUAUAUUAAAUUCACCCUGACUAAUAACGUCAUCUAACAAGCUCGAUUAAACUUAAGCAGAAAUAUGGGAUUUGAAAUGGGGCUGUUAAUGCACAGAGACUAUAUCAUAACUAGUAGGGUUCUCUUAUCCCAAGUUAAGAGAAAAAAAUUAACUACGGCUGUAUGAACAUCUAGAUUCCUACGAGUGCCUGCCUCUUACAAGGAGUGGCUCUGUGCCUGAGUGUGUGAGGAGGGAGGGAGGGACAGGGAGUGUGUGUGUGUGUGUGUGUGUUCCGUGCUACAUGGAACAAAAGUUAAAAUGGGUCGUAAGUUUUUUGUUCACACUUUGGUCCCCUUAUUUAGUAUAUCUGACUAAGACUAACAGCUUCUUCUGUCGUCAGUAUUAACAAAAAAAUAAUAAUAAGUAAAUAAAUAAAUAAAUAAAUAAUGACAUACAAAUUUCUGAGAAAGGAACUUGUUAUAUAAUUAUUAAUUUUUCCAUAUAUAAUCAAACAAAUCCGCUGGGUUAAAUUUUUUUUGAGAUUUAUGGUUAGAACCUUUCGGGUCGUGUUAAGAUAUUUAUUUGGUAAUUAAUUCCGACGACUUGUUUAUGUACGCACUACUUGACAUACCAUACGUGUGAGUGGGCCAGUGAUCAUGUGAUAGCUGUCUAGUUGAUGUUAAUAAUACAGUAUAGUUACCUGAGGCUCUCAAACCGCAGCUCGCCAAGGUCCUGUCUUUAUGUUGGUAAUAAUAUUGUGUUUAACUAUAGGUUCAAGCAUUAGUUGGACGUCAAGAAACUAGACUGUAUGUGCAUGUGCCGUGUCUUGUGUGCAUUUAUUGUUUAUUUUAUGCUUUGCUAAUACACCAGUUCUCAUAGUUGAUAUUACACCACAAUAAAAGAAAAAACUAUGUAAAUGAUAAGGCGAAUUAUGUGUUAGUGAAUUAUAUUAUGAAACCAUUUUUUAUAGUAAAUUUAGUCAUAACAUUAUU